UCAAUCAUCUGUGGCCCUUUGGCCCCCCCAACCCAUGCUCCUGCCUUUAUUUUGACAACCCGCACAGCGGAACAUGUUGACUGCGUCCAACUUAUCCUAAACAAAGAGCGACUUAGAGCAGAGGAGCCAGUCUAUUGAACGGACACAGAGGUAAAAGUUAGUCAAGAUGGCAAAUCCUGCAGACCCGGAGUGAAAGGGCGCCGCUCCCCCUCUAAUAAAAACCAAGCUGAGCCUGUAUGUCCUCCUGAGGGGUAAUCCAGCGAUGCAAACUGCGCGGGAAGGCCUGAGAGGGAUUCCCUGAAGAAAAAUGCCAGAGGCUGAAGCUGAUGUGACACAGCUUGAGCUGGAAGAGAGCUGACUCAUCAAAUAUCAUUUCCUCCAAGUUCCAUCAAGCAGCCAGAAACAGCUCAGAUCACCUUAUGGCUACGUAGAGGAUCUAACCUCCUCCUCCCAUCUUUCACUCUCACCAAAGGAGAUUAGCAGGAAGAAAAGGUUGUGUGAAAGCACCUCCAGCAGGGAUAUAUCUGCCGUCUGGGACAUCCCACUGUAAUCAUAACCUCUCAUUCACAUCAAGAUUGUUGCAGAGCUUUCCCGUCCCUCCCCACCUCGUUCGGUGCUUCUUUAUUUGUCCCACCUCGCAGACCAUGAUGUUUCGGGAUCAGGUGGGCGUGCUGGCCAGCUGGUUUAAGGGAUGGAAUGAGUGCGAGCAGACCGUGGCUCUGGUGUCGCUGCUGAAGAGGGUGAGCCGGACCCAGGCCCGCUUCCUGCAGGUCUGCUUGGAGCACUCCCUGGCUGAAUGCACAGAGCUGCUGGUCCUGGAAGGAGAAGCCAACAAUCCAGGUCUUAUCAGUCAGUGGCAAGGUGAGCCUAAGGAGCGCAUCAUCUCGCUGGUCCUCACCCACCUUCCUCUGCUCAAGCCGGGCAACACUGAAGCUAAGAGUGAGUACAUGCGUCUGCUGCCUCGCAUCCUGGCCCACACUAUCGAGCAUGGCCACCACCUGGAGGAGUCCCGCCAGCUCCUGUCCUACGCCCUAAUCCACCCUGCCACCUCCCUGGAAGAUCGCUCUGCUCUGGCGCUGUGGCUGAACCACCUGGAGGAGAGGGCUGCUGCGCGGGGGGAUUCCUUGGAAAGGCCCCCUCCGGCCGCUGGCCCCCACCAUCACCAUCAUCAGUCAACGCCUCCUUCCACCCUGACCUUGUCAGGAUCCUCAUCUUCCACAAACUCUUCCUCGUCAGGGAACUUGUACAACCUGCACCACCAUCGCUAUGGCUCAGACGAUCGCCUCAACGGGUGGCAGAACUCCCGGGAUUCGGGAAUCGGUGGAGGCUGGCACCAGCAGCAGGGCUGUGAGAAUGGACAUCUCUUGCUUUACCCAUCAUCCUCUGUGCCAGCGACCAUCAACACAGUUGGAACAAGUGGAGGAAACAACACCAUUCUUAGAAGUGGAGGUGGAAGCCAGCAGCACAGUCCCCUAAAGCGCUCAGUUUCUCUUACACCUCCCAUCAGCGGCCCCAACAGCCAACCUCUCGGCCACGUCUGGCUGUCCCAAGAGGACCUUCGGACAUCCAGAGGCCCUGCCCCAGACCAUGCACCUCUCUCCCCUCAAAGCAGCAUCGCCUCUUCAGGCAGUGGUGGGAGCGAACACCUGGAUGAUGCUGGUUUAGGAGGCAGUUCAAGUCUGCAUCGCAAUUCCUUCCAUGAGGAUGGCAGUGGAAUGAGGGAUGUCCCUGCAUGGCUGAAGAGUCUUCGUCUCCAUAAGUACGCCGCACUCUUCUCCACAAUGACCUAUGAUGAAAUGAUGUCACUGACGGAAGAACAACUAGAAGCACAGAAAGUCACUAAAGGAGCUCGACACAAGAUUGUAAUCAGCAUUCAGAAACUUAAAGAGAGGCAGCAACUUCUGCGCAGCCUGGAAAAGGACGUAUUGGAGGGUGGGAAUCUACGCAUCCCCCUUCAGGAGCUCCACCAGAUGAUCAUGACCCCCAUCAAGGCCUUCAGUGGAGGGGAAGAGUCCUCAAUGCAGCGCAGCCUUCUGAGUACACAGAGCAAGAACUCUGUGUCUGACUCCAGCCUUUCUGGAGGGGGUGGAGGUGAGACUGAGUCCGGCACUAGUGUGAUCGCUGAGGGGGAUCUACCUGGUCAGUUCACCCGUGUUAUGGGCAAAGUUUGUACCCAGCUUCUCGUUUCACGGUCGGAUGAGGAUAACAUCAGCUCCUACCUGCAGCUCAUCGAUAAAUGUCUCAUCCAUGAGUCCUUCACGGAGACGCAAAAGAAGAGGCUGUUGUCUUGGAAACAACAGGUCCAGAGGCUUUUCCGGUCCAUUCCGAGGAAAACCCUCCUUGACAUUGCAGGGUACCGAUCUCAGAGAAGCCGUUUCGGUCAGUCAAACUCUCUCCCCACCGCCAGCUGUGUUGGUGGCGGUGUGUCAGCCAGGAGGAGCCUCCACCAGUUCCAUAUGCCUUCCAGGAGCUUGCCAGGAGCCAGGCUGGGUCUUCUGGGCAGCGGGGGGUUGCUGGGACCCACCCCUCGCAGCUCCAGCAGCACCCCAACUGGUCCCAAACAGGGGAGGCAUGGCCCAUGGUUUGCCAACCCUGGAGGAAGUAACAGCAUGCCCAGUAGGAACCACAGCUCCGUGCAAAGGACGCGAUCCCUGCCAGUCCACACUACUACACAAACCAUGGUUACGUUCCAGCAAGCCGAUCAUCAGUUCCCGGUGACGGAGCCAGACAUAAACAAUCGUCUCGAGUCCUUGUGUUUGAGUAUGACAGAACACGCUUUGGGAGAUGGUGCAGAUCGCACAUCAACAAUAUGAGAUCAGCAGGACGCCGCAGGUUCUCCUAUACGCUAUCUGAAAGUCACCGGUCAUCACGCCCCCUUCCCUGUAGCUGAUGGUAGAGCUCAACCGAUGGACCAGGCAGGACCUAAGGAACACACGCAGUUUGAUCAUCAAAUGGCUAACACAAGCCAUCAUCCAUUGGGUCGAAUAAAGCAAGCCUCCUGCCAGCAUGUUCGGUCAUCUGAAUCUGCAGGUUGAGAAAGAAAAGUUUCAAAACCAGUGUUGGACAGAGCGUAACUAGUGCCACCCCCGUGGAGGCUAGUGGAAGGGAGAAGUUGGCCUGUGGAUUAGGUCACAGUGGGACAUCACCUGGUGCAUUGACCAGAUCAACGUGGUGUCUUUCACAUCAUUAACAUUACCUCAGACAAGACGAGCAGAGCCACGAGGAUGCAGCCGGACGUUCUGGGAUUCCUGGACUGAUUUCAGAGCAGACUGAAUGUCCAGCACAGAUGUUUGGUGAAAUGCGCAUAACAUCUCUCCAAGUAUUCAGCUGACAAUGUGUGUCUGUAUUGUUUACAUGAUGAUGCUACUGUCAGAGGGUACAGAAACAUGUAUUCAUUUCAGGUAGUUUCCGUGCGAAAAGCUUUACGUCCCAGAAGCAGCCAUCAAACUAGUUUACAACGAACAUGCCUAUUCUUUAUUUCAGCAACGGCCACUAGCUCUGAUUUUUUUAACCGAGAGAUCGACAGGAGGAAGUGGAGCAGACAUGGAGGAAGGUGGUGCACGGAGGGACAUAGAAUGUUGUAGAGGAAAGAGUCAAGAUGAAGUGAUGCUGAAAGGGGAAGCGGAUGUUUUAAGAGGCUGGACCUCUGAAGAUGACGGAUGAUGAUGAUGUAAUGUGAGUGAGGGUAGGAGGAAGUGGAUCAGUCAUGUUCAUUCACAACUUGUACUCUGUGAACUAUCCAAAUCUUUGCAGGCAAAAACACUAAAUCUAAACAAGAAAAGGGAAUGUUUGUGUAAUCCUAAAUGGGGAAAAAAAAAAGAUCUGUGCAUGUUCGGAUGUUGGGCUCUCUAAAACGGGUUGAUCUCUUUAAGCAUGUCACAACUAAAUAUUUGUUAGAGCGAAGGAAAAGGGUGAGAACUACAGAGAAAAAACAAACUCAAUCCAUGAAGGGUAGUUCUCCCAGAGAUUGUCUCAUUAGUGCUUACCUCCACCUGCUGGCCAGAUGCAGUCAUUGCAGUACAGAUACUUGGGGCAUAUUUGGUAGGAAAAGAUUGCCAACGUAUCUGUGUCUCUGACUGCUUUAUCAGCAGAUGCCUUGCUAGAAUAUAUAUUACUUCAUUGUUACUUUUUAAGCAAAUCUCCUGGUUAUUUUGUGUCUUAAUAUUUAUCCCUAUUUGCUUGCAUCUGGAAUAAAGAUGCAUUAAGGAUAUGUUCAAAUAAGCUGGUCAGGUUGCUGGUAAGGUACCCGAGUCCUGACCAGUUUCUUUAAUAAUAAGGUGUUUUUUUUUGGUAAUUUUGUAGUAUUUCCUAUGUAUUCUGCACUUGAUAAUGUGAUACACUUAAAGUACAAAUAUUCAAGGUUGAACCAAUAGAGCUGCUUUAGUUCUUAUUACCCAUAAAGAAUUUAUCUUUAUCUAAACCUGGAGACUGGAGUUAAAAUGGUUUUUUGUAUUAUGUCACUUCAUGAUUGUGUUCAGAUUUACAUGGACUGAUCUCUGCUAGGACAAAACACAAACAAAACAGCUCCGUUAAGACCUGGCACUAACAUUCGCCCUGGGUAAAUGCACUUGGAAGGCACUGAAUACAGGCGUGAAAGCAUAUAAGGCGGAUUGGGGUGGAUCAUCUUGGACUCUUUUAGCAUUAGUUUAGGAAUCUGGAUGCUCGAUGCAGGACCCUGACUGGGAAUGGGUCCAGGGACAGGCCCACAACUUGCUGGAGAAACUGUAUCCCUUCUAGCCUGGGACAAGUUGCUGUAAAACAGGGUUUUACUAAAGUUUUUUAAAGGACAAAAUGAAUGUAGAGUUCACAUUUUAAACUUCAGGGUCUUAUCUUAGCAGUUCGCAUGGUUAGCGGACCUACCACUGCAAAAACCGAGAUCUUCAUGUGUUUUUCCUUCGACUCAGAUAUUCAAAAGGCGACCACUACAUCCAAUUUCAGCAUGUUUUAAAAGAGGUUAAAAGCCCAAAGGAGGAAACAGAGCAACUUUGCUGUAAUAUGUUGUUCAGCCUUCCUGUUAUCUGUUAAAAGUACUCGCUUUCUGUCUGAAUAGGCAACAGACAUGUCUUAACAUGGUGUAGAAAAUAGCUUCCUUACUUCUCUGUGCGUCCUUUGACUUCAUUUCAAAAUUUUACUGAUACUGAAAAUAGCUAACCUUGAGUCUUCUUCCUGCAUUGGGAACUUCCACUCUGAAGAGUGUUCUUUGUGCCAGCUGGGUAGCUACGUUUACCGAACAGAAAAAGACUGGGUUUUUGAGAUUACGUCUGGCUUAAUAAUUAAGCCAAUUUGUUAGUGGCUUUAGUGAAGCGAAAGCAGGUAACCAGGGGAAAUUUUUAUGCCAGCUCCAAACAAAUGAGCAGGGAUGCGUGUUCCUGCCAGGUCUGGAAAGCGCCAUAUGUUGAUGAAAGUUACAUCAGCAUUUAUCCAAACUCUCGUUGGAGCACUUUGACAACAUAAAAAUGUUUGGUUUGUUUCAUAUAUGACAAACUACAAGGUAUUAUGCUUUUUGUAUUUAAAUCAUUGGACUUUUUUUAGGCUAACUAAAAGAUUUUACUAUAAAACUGAAAAUGCUUUUCUUUUGUAACAGUGUGGCUUGUAUUAAAGGGGUGAAAAUGUUCAGAAACUCCUUUCAGAUCCAGUCAAAGUAGACUGAAGUUCCAGUCUUGAUCUGCUCACACACUAAUGAUAAAUGUGGAUGUUUUCACCUCUCCGGUUUAACUUGAUCUGAAUUCCUAACCAUGAAUGUCUCUUGGUUUUGAUCCUGAAAAGUGUUUCUUCUGGCUGUGAAGAAACAUCAGGAUCUCUUUAUAUUCUCUCAGCUCCACUGCCAUGUAUCGCUCAGUAGCUUAAAAGAAAAUAAUUUUUUAUUUCCUUUUGUUUUCCAUAUGUCCUGCAGAGGUAGAACUGAUCCUUUAAGUGUUUUAUUAUUUAAAGUACCAUAUGUGUUAACAUGUUAUGGCUGGUGACCAUACAUACAUCUCAAAUAUUAACGUAGUCGUUUUCUUUGAACUUGUUGCUUUUGUUGAGGUAUGUUUGUGUUGAUUUUUCGUUUUAUAUUUGAAGCUUUGAGCACAGCAGAGCCAAGCCAGUCCAUUACAAACCCUUCCAUUCAUGUUUGGCUGCAGGUGUCCCAGGAACGGGUUUUAGUUUGCUUUUAGAAGGAACAUAGGUCCACUUGAGAUGAGCUGGGAUCUGGUUGUUGGUGUGUUACCACCAAUUGUCCAGUUUGGGAGGGGUUUAAAUGUUGAUCUCAAAACAGCUGAGGGAGUUUGGGACUAUUUUUAGCGGUGGUUUAACACAUUUUAAUUGGUGGCAGGAGGGCAUUCUGUUUCAUUCAGAUAGUUGGAAAUCUAUUUGCUCUAUUAGUUUUUUCAUGGGAUUUUUUUAAAGGAAAUUAUCAUAUUAUUGAUAGUUUUUAUGUAAAAGAAAGAAAAAAAUUCUCAUUUCGAAGAGACUGUAGGGAAGUAAUGUGUGAACAAAGUGAGUUGUGUGACUUCAUUAGGUGAUGUAAUUUGUAUUAAUAGGGCAGGAUGCCAUGUUGGGGCUCCGCUGUGUGACAGCCGGAGUUGAGGAUCGUUGAUCUCUUCAAAUGAAACCAAAAUCAGCUCUGUUGCUCUCUGCGUUGUGCACGCAGCAGUAUUAACAUUUAACGCCUUGAUAUUCCAAAAGCAUUUAUUGUAUUUUAAGAUGAAUCAUGUAUGCUUUUUUAUUUUUAAUAGAUUCUGCAAAUCAGUUUGUACUUUUUGGGAUGCCAAGACUUUUGUUUUUUUAGUUUUUUUUUGAAAAUACAGCGGCAGCCUUUCUGUAACAAAGUGUUACCGCUUGACUGUGCUCCUUUUACUUCAUUUAGAUUUAUUUUAUCAAAGAGCCGAUGUCCUGUAUUGACUGCAGGCUUACUUAUAUAUUUGAGAAAAAAAAUAAAUGUAUGUUUAAUAAUAAAAAGUUGCAAAAAAUAAAAAAAAACAAAUCUAGAAAAUGAAGACAUUUGUGGAAAAAAAAGGUGUAUUUAUAUUUUAAACUGCAUGCACAAGACUGGGAAAGUCAUAUUUAGAAUAACAAAUGGCAGUGCCUUUUUUUAUAUACUUCACAUCAUCAUCAAGAAGAAAAAAAAAUGGUUUUAUAUGGACUUUUAUGUUGCAGCAAUAGGAGACCGUGGCAGCUGAGUGGGGUUCACGAUCGCGCUGCAGAACCAACACCUUCAUUAUUUCACCUUGUUACAGAUUUGUAAAACCAUCUAGUUUGGUUUAUUUCUCUUGUUGUAUUGAUGCUAGAUUUGGUCAGGAUCUGUAGAAAUUAUUUAGUCCCCAAAGUGUUGAUUUUUGAGAGUUUGCAAUAUUUUAGCAUGUGCUAAAUGUUUAAAUUAAUCUUCUUUACAGUAAUUCUAAGAAGACAAAAUGGCAACAUUAUUAUUCUUCACAUCAAUUUAAAAUUGAUGUAGAUUGUCAUAAAUUCAAACAAGCUAUCAACUAAUACUGAUUCCCUUUACAAACUCCUAAAUCUUACUUUCAGCAGUUAAAAACAUCUGAAUAUUAGCAGAACUGGUACAAGAAGCUGGUGCUAUUUUGUAAACUAAAGCUCCAAAUUAGAUUAGACUUUUUUUUAACUUUUUGUUUAACAAACUAACUCGGCUCCAUACAAGAUGUUUAAUAAAUGAUCGUGAACGUGAACCCAGCUGCUUAAACUGGUUGGUACCUGUUGAAUCCUUGUGGUCUUCACACAAAAACAGAAAUGUGACAACGGUGUGAAGGUGAUGAUAUGAAAGUGUGUUGAUGUGUUUUGUACUUUUCCUGCGAUGUACCA